GCAUCGUGAGGAGUGAAGGAAGGGGAUUUUGAAGGUUAUAGACAGAAGACAAGAAAAGGAAUGGGGAGAUUGGAGUCCUAGGAGAGGGAAUUCCAGAGACUGGGAGGAAGGGAAGAAUACUUGGUGAAGGACAGAGGAAGAGUGCCUGGGGGUGGAACCGAUGGGGGUGGAACCGUGCAGGGAAGGAAGGAGAGGCAGGUGGAGGUGGGAUUGCCUGUUUGGGACCAGGAACCUCAUUUCAGAAGGGCCUUGGUAGGAUUGGAAGGGCCUGAGGUGUGAGAGGUAGGGACAGGGAUGCUGGGACUGGAUGAAGGGAGGGAGUUAGGAUUUGGAGUGUAGAGAUUGGGUUUUAUGUUAAAAAUUCUUGAGUUGGCAGGUAGAAGAACGGUGAGAGUGUCAGGAUGUAGGAGAAAUUGGCAUGUUCCUGGAGGGAAGUAGGGAGCUGGGUAUGGUGGGGCCUUUGAAGCUUUGGGGGAGGAGAGGGUAUGGGUGAGAAGGCAGGUAGGAAAGUGCACUCUGUAGGGAAAAAAAUGAGAGGAGUGGAAAAUUGAAUAAUGGUGGUGACACAGAACAACCAAGUUGCAACCAAGGCAAUGUCUUACUACCUCAACUCAAAAAACCACCUGGACCCAGGACCCAUCUAUGUACGAGAAAAUGGUCAGCUGCACAUGGUCAAUCUGGCCUUGGAUGGUGUCAGGAGUAGCCUGCAGAAGCCAAGGCCUUUCAGACUAUUUCCCAAAGGCUUCUCUGUGGAGCUUUGCAUGAACAGGGAAGAUGAUACUGCACAGAAAGAGAAGACUGAUCAUUUCAUCUUCACAUAUACCCGGGAGGGGAAUCUUCGGUACUCUGCCAAAUCUCUCUUCAGCCUCGUCCUGGGCUUUAUCUCCGACAAUGUUGAUCACAUUGAUUCCCUUAUUGGCUUUCCUGAGCAGAUUGCUGAAAAGCUAUUCUCUGCUGCAGAAGCCAGACAGAAAUUCACAGAGCCAGGUGCGGGGCUGAGGGCUUUACAGAAAUUCACAGAGGCCUAUGGAAGUCUGGUACUUUGCUCCCUGUGUUUGCGAAACAGAUAUCUGGUGAUUUCAGAAAAACUUGAGGAAAUUAAGUCUUUCCGGGAGCUGACCUGCCUGGAUCUUUCCUGUUGCAAGCUUGGAGAUGAGCAUGAACUUCUAGAACAUCUCACCAAUGAGGCCCUUUCUAGUGUAACUCAGCUCCACCUGAAAGAUAAUUGUCUGUCUGAUGCCGGCGUGCGGAAAAUGACAGCACCAGUUCGAGUGAUGAAAAGAGGCCUUGAAAAUCUAACAUUAUUAGACUUGUCUUGUAACCCUGAGAUCACAGAUGCGGGAAUUGGAUACCUCUUCUCUUUUAGAAAACUAAACUGCUUAGAUAUUUCUGGGACAGGGCUAAAGGACAUCAAAGCCGUCAAACACAAGCUCCAGACCCACAUAGGCCUUGUCCACUCCAAAGUGCCUUUGAAGGAAUUUGAUCACAGUAACUGUAAGACAGAGGGCUGGGCUGACCAGUGGGAACGUGUGACUUCAGAAGCUGUGAAGCCACGAGAAACCGGGGAGCCUCGAACAGCAGCUCAGCACUUCUAUGAGAAAACUGAAUCUCAGAGAGUUUCUUGCCCAAGGCCACUUCUCCAGGAAAUGGCAGAUGUGGGAUUUGAAUCCAAAUCUGUCACACUCCCACAUGGCAAGCGGGCUCGAGCCGAAGCCCCCGUGAAGUGUCCCCUGGCAGACACCCACGGGAACUCUUCUGAGAAGCUCCAGUUCUAUAAAGAGAAAGCUCCAGACUGCCACGGGCCAUUGUUAAAGCGCGAAGCCGUCUCAAGCCAGGAGUCAAAGAAGAGUAAGAAGAGAGCUUUUGAAGAGCCAGAGAAGGAACAGAGCAACUCUUCGCAGUCUUCAAAGCAGAAAUAUGUGUGUCUUGCUGUGGAAGACUGGGACUUGUUAAAUUCCUACUGAUUGGUAGAUAGGAGUUGACCUCUUUCCCCCUGACUCUCAUGUAUGAGCAAAGGGGGCUGAUGGUGUUUUCCUUUUUGUUUGACUUUACCUAUGGCAUUAGCAUAGCGAGCGGAUAUUUCUACUUUUGUGGUGGGGGAGGGGAAUGCUAUGGAAGUAUGUAAUAAUUUCUAAUGUAUAUUUUCAAUACAUAGUAAUUUUUUCAAAUAAACGUUUUUGCUGUCCUUAA